AUGCGGCGGGUUUGGGAGUUCCACGUCUCCACGUCAUCGCGUCGUUCGGGUGCGGGGAGAGAACGAGAUCGAACCGGUACUUCAGGAACUCCGAGAUGCCGAGAGGGGGAGGAGAAGCUACACAAGGACGGGGAGGGGCGACCUCUUCAACGUGCUGCGAUGAAGCACCCUUCAUCAGACGAGAUUGAAGGCGUGAAGUUGGAGGUCGAAGAUCGAUACAGGGUGCUCGGCGCCCUGGGCCACGGAUCGUUUGGGAUUGCGGUGGCGGCCUCGGAACACCCAACGGGCAGGAAACUAGCCAUCAAGCGGAUCCGCCCUCUUCCCGAUAGCCGCUCGAGGGCGCGACACAUCCUUCGGGAGAUCACAACCAUGAAGCUUCUUCGACACUACCCUAACAUCAUCAACCUAGGGGACCUUCGUGUGAGCACCACUUCCGGCACGCUUUACAUUGUCAUAGAGCUAAUGGAGUGCGACCUUCAGAGGAUUCUAGCCUCCGGACAGGUUCUGACCGUCGAGCACGUCAAGGUGAUACUGAAGCAGCUGCUGCUUGGAGUCCAAGCCAUGCAUCACCAUGGCAUUUUACACUGCGACAUGAAGCCGGCCAACAUUCUGCUCCUGAGUGACUGCCAAGUAAGAAUCACGGACUUCGGGCUUUCACGGAGUACGAAACACCCGCCGUUCAAGGAUGGAGAUGUGGGAACGAGGUGGUACCGCGCACCAGAAGUGAUGCUCGGAUCUGAAGGCGGAUGUGCAGAACCAGUUGACGUCUGGUCCGUUGGCUGCAUCUUCGGCGAGAUGUUGGGGAGCCGGGGGCCACUCUUCCCUGGCAAGAACGAUACCGAUCAGAUCAGCCUCACGCUCGCUGCCGUUGGCAUACCCGACACCGAAAGCAAUACCUGCCUCGGGUACUCGCUGAACGAGGAUGCUCUGCAGUUGCUACGAACGGUGCAUCUUCCCAAAGGACGUUCGCUUCGGUCCCUAGUACCCCCCGAUGUUGGUGAGGAGGCUUUCGACCUCCUGAAAAAGCUUUUGGACAUGAACACUCAGUUAAGGCUGACGGUAGCCGAAGCGCUGGGUCAUGCUUUUCUGGAAGAUUUUGCUAGGCUCCUGGGCGCGACUGUCUCGUCCAAACAUGCCUCCGCUGUCGAAAAAUCGAUCGGAAACCUUGGCGAGAGUGCUGUCGACUUCAGCUUUGAAGACGGCGAUCUUACCGCCGAGGAGCUAGGGAAGCUUAUCGUAGCGGAGGCCGCAGCAUACCAGGAUACGAGACCGGAGCUAUGCCGACGAGAUUGCACCAGGAACGGCGACGAUGCUCCUGCGGGCCGGCCGACACUUGAGCCAACGCUUACCUUGAAGGACGUUCUCGGAGCGGUGCGCACGCAAGCCCGCAACCGGGAACUGGAUGCCGGGAUCGGGGCCAGGGUAGGGGAGACCGCAACCGGCGAUGGGGACGACGCCAAUACCAAUCUCUUGGAACCCACCAGCCCACCCCAGACGUUUGACUCACGGUUCAGCUCCAUGGCGAACCUUGCAGACGCGGAAAACGGAGGUCUCGAUGGCUUGGAUGGGUCCCCGGCUGGUAGCACCGAUUCAGACCGGGGGGUGACACCUGAACCUCUUGAGAACCGCGCCGACAUCCGAGGUUGUGAGGAAAGCGGGGGGAGUGAGAGGCCCCAUCAGCGAGACGGGGGGGGGACAAUCGCAGCCGGGGUUCCGGAGUACUACCGCACCAACACCGGAGACGGGAAGGCUAGAUCGCCCACAGGGGGCUGCGGGAAGACAGAGACGGCCCCUCGACAAAAUACGACCAAGCAGCGUAAGAAGAAGGUGUCAUCAUCGAAGCAGCUGCUACAUGUCGAGGGGCGAGGCAGGUCGUUCGAGGAGGAGCGCGCGGCCUCCCUCAUCCAGAGGAGCCACCGUCGAGCGGCGGCGAUCAGGGCAGCUCAGAGGGAGCCCCUGGCGAUUCUCCGGCUGCUGAGAGACGACCCCGAGGUCCAGCCGAAGCCCAAGACGGACCAGUUCAGGCUGCGGGCGACCACCAAGUCGGCGAUCGAGGCCCACAUCAGGAAGACGGGGGCGGCACGGCGCAAGCCCCACCCGCUCCCGACCGGGCCUUGCUGGAGGAAGGCCGCGACUCCGAUGAAGCGAGUAGCGGCAACACGGGCCGCGCUCACGAAGCCCCGGGCCGUGUCGCCGCUGCACAGGAGCGUGCGACAGGUCAACACGUUCAUCGCGGCGACGGACAGGCAGCGGAGACAGCCGCCGUCCGCCGCGGCGAGGCGGGCGCACUCGGCGCCGCCGAGCAGGGCGACGGGGCGGCUCAGCGUGAUGGCGACGUCUGGAGCGAGGGUGCUGCUCCGGUUGCGCAAGACCGGGGCUGUCCCUCGGCUUCGGCCGGCGGAAGCUACCUGGCAACAUGGCCGGCGAUCAGCGUCGGGAGUGACGACGACAGCACGGCAAUCUAGCAGCAGUAGUAGUCACGCGGGGCACUUCUUGAGAAGCGCACCAGCAGCAGCACCUUGGCGAAGGGCGAGGGCUACGGGGAUCGGCAUGCAGUUGCCCAGGCAGACCGCUAGGGCUUUGACGUCUGGCGUGGACUUCACGGUGGUGAACAUGCCGGCGCUGUCGCCGACCAUGGAGAGCGGGACCGUGACGGAGUGGCACAAGUCCCCGGGGGACGAGCUGUCGGCGGGAGACGUGAUCUGCGACGUCGAGACGGACAAGGCCACGGUGGCCUUCGAUGUCCAGGACGACGGCGUUCUCGCGAGGAUCAUCUCGGAGGCGGGGUCGGGCGAGGUGUCCGUGGGGAGCCCCGUGGCCGUCAUCGUCGAAGACGCCGACGCAUACGCCGCGUUUGUAAAGGCCGACGCUGCCGGCGAGAGCAAGGGCAUCGAUGCGAGCUCGCUGGAGGGGACGGGCAAGGGCGGGCGCAUCACGAAGGCGGACCUGGUGCUGGCCCUGGCAAAGGGGGUCGAGUUCCCGGCCGCCGCUAAAGCCGCCUCUUCGCAGGCGCCGGCGCCGGCAACAGCAGCAGCAGCGGCGCAACCGGCGGCGGCGGCGGCGGCGGCGGCACCGCCGGUAGUUCCGUCCAGCAGCAGCGGGGACUUCGUGGACGAGCCCGCCAACAACAUCAAGAAGAUCACGGCGAAGCGUCUGACCCAGUCGAAGGCGGAGGUGCCGCACCUGUACGUGUCGAUGGCGUGCGAGGUGGACGGGCUCAUGGCCUUCCGAAAGGCGCUGCAGAAGGAGCACGAUGUCAAGGUGUCGGUGAACGACAUCAUCAUCCGCUCCGCGGCGCUGGCGCUCCGAGACGUGCCAGAGGCGAACGCCAAGUGGUCCGGCGGCGCCCGCCAGUCCGGCGAGUCCAUCGACAUUUCGGUCGCCGUCGCGACGCCGACGGGGCUCAUCACCCCGAUCGUCACGGACGCGGACCAACGGGGGCUCAGCAACAUCAGCGGCAAGGUCAGGGACCUGGCGACGAGGGCCCGCGACCGGCAGCUCAAGCCGGAGGAAUUCCAGGGCGGCAGCUUCACCGUGUCCAACCUGGGCAUGUUCGGGAUCAACGAGUUCUCGGCGGUGAUCAACAUGCCGCAGGCUUGCAUCCUCGCCGUCGGGGGCGGCGCGCCCAAGGUCAAGCCCGGCAGGGAGGCCGGGGACAAGCCGCGGGUGUGCUCGGAGGUGACCGUGAGGCUGUCGGCCGACAGGAGGGUGGUGGACGAAGCCAUCGCGGCCCAGCUGCUGCAGUCGUUCAAGCACUAUAUGGAGACGCCCGAGCUCCUCCUGAUGUGA